AUGAUUAAUCAUGUCUUUUACCUUAUCUUAGUGUUUUCAUUUUUUCUGUUAAUAAUUAAGUGUGAAUAUAUUAAGAAUGAGAAGAAGGAAGUAGUUUUCGAAACGGACCUCCCCCAGGGGGGUAUACACUACGAGAAGAGGAAUUCAAGUUUAGAAGACAACUACGCCAGUAAUAGUGAUGUAAAGUUUGGGGGAGGAACCGCAGGGACGAAUGUAGCCAUGCAGCUGCAGGUAGUUGUACACAGGGGGGAGGAGCAGACCGAGGAGGGAGGUGAGGCAGGUAUCGCCCUCCCUGUGCAAGGAUCCGUAAAGAGCAGCGUCAUCGUCAAUGAGAGUGAACCGAAGGUAGAUGUCAACGUCAGUGUGGAAGAGAUUGUCGAUAGUAACACCGUCAAAGGAAGUGAACCAAAGCAAGAUAGGGACGUUGCCGUGGAAGAACCUGCCUCCAGUCAUGUCAUCAAAGAAACGGAAUCGAACUCUGACAACGUCACCAUGGUGGUAGAACCUAUCGAUAAUGACACCUCCAAGGGGGAUGAAUUGAAGGUAGACAGCGUCGUCGUGGAGGAGGAGAAGAAGGACACUGCAGACAGUGAUGUUGUCACUGAGGGGAACACCACCAAGGAGAGCGAAUCGAACAUAGAUAACACAGUCAUCGUGGAAGAAGUCGUUAGUAACAAUGUCAAGGAAAAUGAACCCAAGACAGAUAGUUUCAUGGCCAUGGAAGAGCCAACUGACAGUAAUACCGUUAAAGAGAGUGAACACAUUGUAGAUAACACUGCCUUCGUGGAGGAGGCCUCUUUUACCAAUGACCCCAAAGUGAAUGAAUCGGAUCAAGAGAGUGUUGUCACUGUGGAAGAAUCCAGAGCUGAUGAUGUCGUUAAGGAGAAUGAACACAGUGCAGAUAGCAUAGUCGUUGUGGAGGAGAAAGCUUCCAGUAACAUUGCCAAGGAAAGUGAACCCGUUGCGGAUAGUACAGUCGCCGUGGAGGAGGAAGCUGCUAGUCACGAGGAUAAAGAAAUUUUACAAAAGACAGAUAGUGACAUCGUCAUGGAAGAGGCAGCUAUUAGUAAAGCUGCCGAGGAGAGUGAAUCAGAGCCAGAUGACAUCGCCAUAGUGGAUGAGUCCUCUGUGAGUAUCACCACCAAGGGGGAUGAAUCCAAUGUGAGUAGUCCAGUUAAGGAGGACGAAUCGAACCAAGAUGUGGUUGCCACUGCGGAGGAGGCCGCUCCUGCUAAAACAAUUCCAGAUGAUGAUUUUCCCCCUGAAAGCAACGCCCCAAGCGGGAGAAAGGACUUCCUGGUGGAGUUCCAGGAGAGAGUAAACCACUACGAUGAAGCGAUUGACGAAAUUAUACUAAGAAGUCUAAACAGAGAGAAUUACAAUUACUUAAACAUGUUGGAGGAAUAUGCGUUGAAAACAAAAAUGAGUGGAGAGAUAUACACGGGGAUGAGAUAUAUAAUAAAGGUGAUCAUGGGGAAUAUGGUAGUAACUCCAUCCUACAAGGAAAAGAAGAAGUCGUUUAAGUACGCGAUUGAGGAGAGUACAUUUAAGCGUCAUUUCGUAACAUCUCUCUUCAGAUGGUAUAAGAAUUUUAAACUAGUAGAAUCACACUUCGAUAAGGCAAAUUACGUGUAUUACAUUGGUGAAGAUGAUGAGCGUGUGUACUCCUACAGGUAUACCUACAGACUUAUAUUGAACCUACUAAGUUCAGAAACCUUUUCCUUUUAUAUGGACCUGAAUAAAUUUUCCCUUUUAGACAUUCUGGACAAUUACAAUAAGUAUAACUUUAAGCUAAACAACAGCACAAGGUAUUACCCGUUCCACUUGUACAGCUGUAAAGCAUUCAAUGACUUUGUGGUAGACUAUUUCGAGUCUUAUAAUCACCGCUACUUUGAAAAGCACAAGCAUUUAAUUGCAGAGGAGGUCUACAAAAAUGGAAUAAAGAAAAAUGCCAAUAAGUUAUUUAUAAAGUUGAGCAAGUUGAAUCCGAACUUUGUUUUGUAUCCAUUUAGGAAGGAGCCGGCUACUUCUUCUUCUAAUUCGUUCCCAUUGGUGCAGAAUUACCUGGACGCAGAAAUUGAUCUGAUUUUUUCCAUUUUUAAGGAAUUUUUGGUGAACCUGCUGAAUGACCUCUACAAUGAGUACUACAACGAUGGGGUGAAGCACGCCAUGAAGAAGGCAUCCCACGUGGAGGGGCCACCUGGGGAGGAUGGGUUGAAGGAGGUUCAGGCGGACAAGACGGAGAGGAAAGAAAUGACACCUCCUCUUGACGCAUCUUCUUCCGAAUCGAUCGGUCCGCCAGGGGUUGCUGCGGGAAAGGACAGUGAAACGGUCGACGCGGAGGACACCCCGGCAAAGAUUGACGGAAAAGAACCCAUCGCUGACAAAACGGAUGGAAGGGAACCUACCGUUGGCCAACGCGAUGACCCCAAUGACAACGAAAUAUGGAAAGACCUACUCGAGUCGUACAAGGACCCCCCCAAGGAAGAGGACCUGAAGGAAUACAACCAAUAUAUUUUGAAAAAUCUGAACCAAAUUUUAAACCACUCAGCGCAGAAGAGAAGGCAAGAAAUGGAGGAUUAUAGAAAUAGGUACGAACUGAAGGAUGGGUUCAUUAUUAACGUCGUUACGGCUAGACAUACUCCCUUGGUGUUCAACCCAUCCAAGGAUAUCUACCUGUACCUUAACCAGAUAAGCAGUAAGAAGCAGGUGAAUUUUAAAAACAUUUACGAUAAUUUGGUGACCAUUAUAAAAUACAAGGAGGGGAGUAACUUUUAUGAUAAUUUGCUGCAGAGCAGGAGGGUAGCGGGGGGGCUGUGGCGGGGCGUGGACCCCUCAACUGAGGAGCUGAAGAGAGGAGCUGGUCGACCUGCCAAACGGGUGGUCGAACGGGUAGUCGUCGAUGAGGACUUGUCCAGUGGGAUGAACUCGAACGACUUGAAUGCAUUUUUGCUGUUUAUUGAACGCGGGGAGGAGGCACAUACCGGCCAGGGAACUACCUCUGAGGCGACCACCGGUGGGACGUCCCCAACUCGCCAAGAUGUGCACUCCUUUUACCGAAAUGUAGACCUGAGUGAAUUCACCCCUGCGGCGGUUAACACGAAGGACCAACUCCAUGAUCAGCUGAAAUUGCUAAAAAAAAAGUACACGGAGAAGCUAAAGAACGAGGCAACAUGCGUCCUGGCCUUCCUCUACCUAGUAGGAAUAAACGACAACGGGGGGAAGUUACAGUUACCGUAUGGGUUCCCCCGAAAUAUUGACUACUCAGUUAAGCUCAUAAGAAAGGGAAAGGACGGUCUGUGUAAUUUUCUAAGCGGCAUACUCUACCAUUUGAAUCUUCCAAUAUUUGUAAAUAAUUCUUCUAUAUCGAUAACGACUGAAAUGAGUGAAGAUUUAAUAGAUACAAAUGACAAUUCGCUGAAUAGCUUCUUCUACAUAUACUAUAGGAAUAAUGGGAAAAUAAGGAAUCACGAUUUUUUGUCGAACGAGAAUAGGAUAAUUCCCAGUUCGGUGGAUAAUAUGAAGUCCAAGAUUGUGUCCUACUCCUUGGGUUCUACGAAGGAUGAUUUUUACAGCAAACUUGCCUUCACCAAUAAUAUGAUCAGACUCAAGUACAAAAACAAAGAUAGCAACAUAUACCUGAGGGACUAUUUUGAUUUUACCUUUGAUAAAAAGAUUUACAAAAACUCCUUCAUCAAGAAUAACAUUUCUCCGUUUCUAAGUUCCUGUGAUUAUUUGUUGAGUAACAUCCUCGGGGCGGUGGUCGAUUCGUUGAAGAAUACCUCUGCCAUUGAAAGUGGCGUCUACGAGGAGAACAUCAGUGAGAGGAACAGACACUUGAUUCAUAACACGGUGGACUAUAAUAAAAGUUUGUUUGAGUAUUUUCUAAAACUAGCUGAUAGUAGAAAUUCGUACGCCCUUGCAGCGCUGGGGGAGAUUUACUACCUAGGGAAUGAAAGCAUAGGCAUUGAACGCGAUGAAGUGAAAGCCUUUGAGUUUUGGAAAAAGGCGGCAGACCAAGGAGAUAGCACUUCUGCUUUGUCCACUGGGUAUGCCUACCUGGAUGAGUACAAGAAGCAUUUACGGAAGGAGGAAAUUAUCAAAACGAUGAGCAAGGAGGAUUUGUUGAAUAUGAUUAGGGAGGAAAAGGGUAGUGAUGCAACGGAAGCGGAGAAGAAGGACGAAACGGGGAAGGAAGCAGGUGGGAGAUACUUCGCCUUCCCGUCCGGUGGUGCAACUGCGGGGGUGCACACUUCUUCGGUAGGCCAACCUUCUUCCGGACAACAGAACGAAGGGGGCUCUGCCCCGGAGGGGGAUCCUCCUGUUGGGUCAUCUAAUUUUAUGGGUGCUUCCGGCGGGGGUGCGGAUUUUUCCAGUACGAUCUAUGGCGGUGGGUCAAGCGGUAUGCCCGCUGAAUCCACGCCAACCGCAUCAAGCAGCUACACGUCGGGCCAAGCGGGCAUACCGUUUUGGGGGACCGAACAGAAUCAGAAUAACGCAGACAAUACGACUAACGCAUCGAGCAGCCAAAGCGACGACAUCAUCAAGAAGUACAUGGAGGAGCUCACCGAGGAGAGAAACAAAGCGCUGAAAAACGCAGAGCAGUACUUCCACAAGGCCAUUAGAAACCAUGAAGAAAGUGUAGAACACAUUUUGGCAAAAUACAAUAUAUACAAAUUUGGAUUGGGCACAGAAAAGAAUCUCGAGCUAGCUGGAGAGUAUUUAAAAAAAGCGGCAGAUAAGGGAGAUAAUAUUUCACAGAUGAUGUUGGGGCAUUACUACUCAGGGACAGACAUCGGAGUUAAGAUAAAAGACUAUGAUGAGAAGAACAAAAACGAGAACUUAAAAAAAUCCUACAAGUACUAUAGCAUGUCUGCAAAAAAUGGAAAUAUAAUUUCGCUGUAUAAUAAGAACAUCUUAAUUCUCAAGGGGGUGAAUCCUAAUUUGAAGACCUUCAAUGAAAAGUGUGAAAAAACGUUGAAGAAAUUUCACUUCAUUGGACUGUUUAAUGAGCGUUUAUAUGUGCUGACAAAACUGCUUAGAAGGAACUACGAUUUUAAGGAUUAUACGGGUUCGUUGCUGGUGUCCGUUAUACUUUCCGAGCUGGGCGAUCACCCCAACAAUGUGAAUGCGUCCAUGUUGUGGGACUUGAAGCGCAAAACGAUGCAGACGUUCACGGAGAAAUAUAACCUGGUCGAGGGUCUUUUGGCCAACCUCCAAAAAGCCAUCAAGGAGGAAACUCCCGCAGAUAUACCCAUAAAGGGUACUCGUGGUAACCGCGUAACCAACCCAAUGGAUCGAAUAAUCCACAGACUGUACAAUAAAGAAAAGGGGGGGAAGUACUCCCUGCAGAUGAAAUCCAAACUGAGUGGCGAUUCCAUUUUGAAAAGUUGCUCCAUGGUAACAUCGAACAGAUUGGACAAGAAGAGCGUGCUUUUCAAAAUGAAGUUUUGUGCCUAUUUGAGGGAGGAGUUGCUCCACAGAGGUAGACGGACGAACAAAGGAGAGAGAAGCAGCCCGACAAAGAAAGAAGGUAGAAGCAACAGGGCCAGUAGGAUUCACCGAAAUGUGUACAAUUACCAUGUGUACCAGCUGAGCCAGACGCACAAACAAAUCGAUCUCUUCGAAAAGUAUGACCAGAUUGUAAAGAGUGAGAUGGAAAAGGGUGGCACUCCCCGAGAGAAGAUACAAAAAGCUGAAAAGAUGAAGGGGACCAUUCUGGAACACUUCCGAACUAGUGAGUUCCUACACUGUUAUUAUAAGCCUAUUUCGUAUUACCAAAUAAAGUUGGAGGAAGAGAAAAAGCAAAGUCUAAAAAAGAACGCCCAACAGGAAAUGAGCAACCUUGUAGGGAAGGGUGGCAGCUAUUUGGGGUACACUCCUGGGAAAGGCAAAAACCAACAAGGGACGGAUUUAUUCGAAGCAGAGUUCUCCAGAUAUUCACCCCUCCUAGAAGGAGAAGACAUGAAAGAAAUUUUUUAUUACCAAAAUACGUAUUCUUCUAGCAUGUUUGAGGAAAUACAGAGCUUCUCCAAAAACUGCGAUGUCUGCAAGCAGUACUAUGACAUCUAUUCAGCCUACUAUGGUUAUAAAAAAUCCACCAUCGAUUUGAUUAGGAAAUAUAGAGAAGGGGAUGAAUACACCAUAAAGAGUAAAAGAAAAGAGCUACAAUUUCUGAUCAGAAAUUCGGAUGAAGAAGACCAUGAGCCUUUGUACUACAAGGCAUUGUUUUUAGAAUCCAACAAAUUGGAAAGCUUGAAAAAUAUUUUACAAAUUUAUUUGAAACUAGCUACGGAUAAUCACAACGCUUGCAACGUGAUUGGCGUUCUGGGUAUUUUUAAAAUUCUGUUCAAGAAGGUCUUCUUCGACGUCAGUUUCUUCUUCAGGAAGAAGAAGGAUGAGCUUAUCAGCGGGAUCGCUGGCAUUAACUGGGGUAACGUCGCAACCACUAGUGAGAGCACCGACGAACCUGACGAACGUGGAAAACAGGAUCAACAUGACAAACAUGACCAAGCUAACCAACAUGACCAACAUGACAAACAUGAUAAACGUAGCACUGCUGCACCAGCCAACUCGCUCCAAAGGUACCUUUUUACCGACCUGAAUUCCUGCGACCUGCAAAACAACUUCCUCUUCAAAUCCGAGUUCAACAACAAGUGCUUAAAUUUCGACCAUUUUGUGAGCAACAACCACACGUAUUCGCAGAUCAGCUACAGCGAUUUUUUCAAGGUCUUCUACACCGUCGUAUCCUCCUUUUUUAAAGUAGCAUAG